UAACCCAGUCAGUUACUCUUUCUAUAUAUAUAUAUAUAUUGGUUUUCUGAGCGGAAGUGAAUGAAUGCAUAAAGACUUGAUAGAAAUUUUGUAUUCUGUUUUGGGUCUUUGAGAUCUUUAGCCUCCCUUUUCGCUCAGGAUUCACGUGCUCUAUUGUUGUUGUAACAGAAUUUGUUUGAUAAAGAUAUAAAUACAAUACAUGCUCAUGUUAUUGUCAUUAUUAUAAAGCUUUUUUUUUUUUUCCCUUUUUGUGCUGCUUUCCCUUUCUUCUUCUCCCUUUUGUGUGGCGUAAAUAAUGUGCAGGGAACAAUAACGAUUGAUUGUGUGUUGGGUGCGAGUAUCUUGGGGUUCUAGGAGAUGGGUGCGUGUAGUUUUGGUGGGUUGUGGUUGAUUUUGGCUUUGGGUUGUUUGGUGAGUGCUGUGGUUGAGGGAUUUCCAACUGAGGAUCUCGUGGUGAGGCUGCCUGGUCAACCAAAGGUUGGGUUCAGGCAAUUUGCUGGGUAUGUGGAUGUGGAUGUAAAGGCUGGAAGGAGCUUGUUUUACUACUUUGUUGAGGCAGAGGAAGAACCAGACAAGAAGCCUCUCACUCUCUGGCUCAAUGGAGGUCCAGGUUGUUCCUCUGUUGGUGGAGGUGCCUUCACUGAAUUGGGUCCUUUUUAUCCAAAAGGUGACGGUCGAGGCCUUCGGAGAAAUUCAAUGUCGUGGAAUAAAGCAUCAAACCUUCUCUUUGUUGAAUCUCCUGCUGGCGUGGGAUGGUCGUACUCAAAUACAACUUCCGAUUAUAAUACUGGAGAUGCCUCAACUGCCAGGGACAUGCGCUCGUUCUUGUUGAAAUGGUUUGAGAAAUUCCCAGAAUUCAAAUCAAGAGCAUUGUUUCUUACAGGAGAAAGCUAUGCAGGACACUAUAUUCCACAGCUUGCUGAUGUUCUGCUCGACUAUAAUGCUCAGUCUUCUGGUUUCAAAUUCAAUAUCAAAGGAGUAGCGAUUGGGAAUCCUCUCCUCAGACUCGACAAGGAUCUUUCUUCAACAUAUGAAUACUUCUGGUCCCAUGGCAUGAUCUCUGACGAAGUUGGCCUUACUAUCAUGAAUGAAUGCGAUUUUGAUGACUACGUCAUUACAAGUCCUCAUAAUCUAACUCAAACAUGCAGCGAUGCCACGGCCGAAGCCAAUCGUAUUGUUGGUGAUUACGUAGACAAUUAUGAUGUAAUCCUCGAUGUUUGCUAUCCAUCUAUUGCAGAGCAAGAGCUGAGAUUGCGGAAAGCGGUGACCAAGAUAAGCAUAGGUGUUGAUGUAUGUCUGACGUCUGAACGACACUACUAUUUCAACCUUCCCGAGGUUCAAAAGGCUCUUCAUGCAAAUAGGACUAGCUUACCUUACGGCUGGUCUAUGUGCAGUAGAGUAUUAAACUAUAGUGAUCCUGAUAUUGCCAUCAACAUCCUUCCGGUGCUCAAAAGGAUAGUUCGAAGUCACAUACCAGUUUGGGUGUUCAGCGGCGAUCAAGAUUCUGUCGUGCCAUUGCUGGGUUCCCGGUCACAUGUCCGCGACCUAGCUCAAGAUCUAAAAUUCAAGAUUACCGUACCUUAUGGAGCUUGGUUUCACAAGGGCCAGGUCGGAGGUUGGGCGACGGAGUAUGGGAGUUUACUGACAUUUGCAACGGUAAGAGGGGCCUCUCAUAUGGUUCCAUAUGCACAGCCAUCAAGAGCUCUGCAUUUGUUCAGCUCAUUCGUGCGUGGGCGACGAUUGCCUAAUGCUACCCGUGUUCCGAUAGAUGAUUGAGAAUUGUUGUCCAAAUGAUUCCAGAUUAUGGAGGUAAUAAAGAAAGAAGUAACUGGGUUUUCAUGGGAUUCAAAAAAUAAAAGGGGAUCUAGAAAUUGUAGUUUUGGAGGGGAGGAAUUCACUGUAAUUUUUCUUUACUCCACUUCCAAUAUUCAGGUUCGAUUGGAAUGUUAGGGGAAAAUAGUUUUUGUUGAUUUGGAUCAAUAAAUUAGAAUUUUAUUGACUUGCAUGACCA